AUGUCGUCCCAAGUCACAAUUCAGGUCUGGCCUACGAACGAAGAAGAGAAGUACGAGGAAUCAGUUUACACUCUCGAUGGUGUACUCCAGAAGGACAUCGACCGAAGUUUCUCGGACCUUCAAUUCGGCGCUGAAGGCGAGAAGGACGCUUACGUCUGGUCCUCCAACGUGCUGGAUCCCGACAAUGGGAAAUUCACUCGCGGGUCAAUCACGACGUGUGCGACUGCAACCCAAAAUACAAAGGCAGACAACGAUGAGUACAUAAGCAUGGCGAAUGAGGUAGGAGAAGCUGUUAGGGAUACACUUAGGGACACUGAGUCUGAGUGGGCCCCCAGAUGCCGUACACGAGGGGACGUCCUGCCUCUGAAGCGGGCAGAGAAAACCGCAUUUGAUGCGUUUGUGCAAUCGGACCCUGAGCGAUACAGCCACGUCGGUCUGAGUGAAAUCAGCGAAGAUACCAUGUUUGACGUUGUGAUGUAUGUCGGCAGAGAGACCGUCACUGGCGCGAACAUGGAAGACAGCAGCCAUAGGCGGACAGUUGCUGGGAUGGUGCUCGUGAGGGACGAUGAUGAGGUUUCUACUAACUCUGAGUUCUUGAGCCAACAGCCUCACUUUUGA